GUUACAAGAACAGAAACGUGAUGUGACCUUGUUUUGCUGAAUCAGAUGAGCUUGACUUUUUUUUAACCCUCCCUGGUUGCUGAGGCAUCCGAGACGUACAGAACUGAUGGUUUCCACUCUGUCAGUGGAGGUAAGGGGUCGCCGCCCCGUUGGUGAUCAUGAACGGCACUCAAACGGCUUCUCCCCGCUGCGACUUUGCUCUCUUGGGGAUUUAUCAGCCUAGAAGCGGUCACUAGAGGGUGCCUAAUACCUUGUUAGAUUCCAAUCUGAUAGGUCAGCCAGCGUCGUUAACCCAGAUUCCGAUUGAUAUCAGCCAACCAGCGUCAGUAGCGACCUGACCCUCGAGGAAACUGUCGGUCGUGACGUCCCUGCCGUCCCAUCCAAUACUUGAACCUCAAAGUCCCUUGUCGUUUCUUUUUCCAUCCCGUCCCCCUCUCUUGGGCUCUUGAUACUCUUCACUUGUCUGUCUCUCGCCUCUUUUUUGUUUGCUUUCUCACCUUUCAACAUACGCAAUUUCUUUAUACAAGACUCGCACAACUACUGUCUCGACUCGACCGCGCCGAGACAUACAAACUUUUGGCUGGUUGUUACCCCAACUAUACCUGCGCCUAGGACUUCCAAACCUCUUGCUAGAUGCGCCCGUGAUCGCCUUGACUUUUUAGCACAACCUCACGAUUUGCCUCAACUUGGCCCCAUUGAAAUUUUCUACGACAGUCUUGCAUUGCUUCGCAGCGUAGGCUGCUCGGGUCCCUCCAAUGGACGGCGACGAGCCCACGCAAGCGACGCAGAAUGUUCUGGAUCCGCGCCGUGUCGGGAAGCAGAACUCAGGCUUCUCAGACGAAGAUAUCUCCGACAUAAUAUGCGUCCUCUACCCACACUCUGAUUCUGCCCGUGUCGAACUCGAACGUCUGGUCGGCGAAAACUCCCCACACAUCAUUGGAAAGGACGAAGCGGAUGGCGUCGAACCCGACUAUGCCUUGGAAGACCAGGCAGCCCGUUUUCUCGCCAAUCCAACCGGCACCGGCACCCAUGCCAUCAUCCUACGUCUGUCGUCGCACCUCAAGAACCCGAAGGCCGGCUUUGUCUUUGGUCGAAAUCCUGUGCGAUGCGACGUCGUUUUUGUCAACGAUCCCUUGAAAAGAAUCAGUAACAUUCAUUUCCGGAUUUACGUCAACGAAUAUGGCACUGUCAUGGUUGAGGACCAAUCGACCAACGGUACCAUUGUGGAUGAUCAUCUUUUGACUUCCCACCCUCAAGCCAAGGGAAGAAGUGACCCUCCCAUUAGCAAGUGGGUUUUGAGUUCUGGCUCCAUCAUCAAGAUCUAUCUCCAUAAGGAGGCCCGGGACUUGACUUUCCGAGUCCGUAUACCAAGGCGUGAUAACGAGUAUGACCAAGCAUAUACCGAUAAAGUCGACGAUUUCUUCACACGUCAUGGGCUACCGCGCCAGAAUGAGACCAUCACGCCUGGACCAGGCGGCCACGUUGAUCUCUUCAAGCAACCUGCCCAGACAAAUCUUAGGAGAGAAGAGACCAAUGAGAUAACGCAGCGUACUCCUCAGACGUUGUCUAAAAGAAGAGACGCGCCACGGGAAUGGACGGGGUCCGGAAAAUAUAACAGAACCGGCUCCAUCGGAAAGGGUGCCUUCGCAGUUGUCCACAGGGUCACCUCAAAGUAUGACGGAUUGCCAUAUGCUGCUAAAGAGAUCGAAAAGCGUCGCUUUAUCAAGAACGGUGUCCUUGACCAGAAGGUAGAGAAUGAGAUGAAGAUCAUGCAGCGAGUUAAGCAUCCCCAUAUUGUUCGCUACAUGGAGCACUUUGAAUGGGAUGACCGAUUGCUAAUCAUCAUUAUGGAAUUUGUGCCCGGCGGUGAUUUGGGAAAACUCAUCUCAGACCAAAAGGCUCUGAGGGAGGAUGUUGUCCGAACCAUGUCAGGGCAGCUCUUGGGUGCCUUGGGAUAUCUACACUCCAACAACAUCACUCAUCGCGACGUCAAACCAGACAACAUCCUAAUAAACUCACUCAAUCCAAUUGAUCUCAAGCUCACCGACUUUGGUUUGUCUAAAAUGGUCGACAGCGAACAGACCUUCCUGCGAACGUUUUGUGGCACCUUGCUUUAUUGCGCCCCUGAGGUGUAUACAGAAUAUGCCGAGUAUGAUGACGACGGUGUACGUAGUCGAGGAAAGAAGAUGAGACGUCCACCGGGCCAGAGAUACAACCACGCCGUUGACAUCUGGUCUCUAGGUGGGGUCUUGUUUUAUGCUCUGACUGCGUCACCUCCUUAUCCUGUCAAGAGUGGCAUUAGCUACUCUGAGCUGUUACACAAGAUUAUGACUACCCGGCUGAAUAUCGCACCACUGCAGAGGAAUGAUGUGUCAGAGCAAGCUAUUGACUUCCUCUGCAGAAUGCUCCAGCGCCGGCCAGAAAACCGAGCAACCGUGGCAGAACUCGAAAGCCACCCAUGGUCUUCCGGCGAAGACUCUAUCAUCAACGCUUCACAAUCCUUUGACGAGAUUUCGGAUGACGACAUGUUUGACAACUUUUCCCAGUUGCAACCUAGACACUACGAAGAAGAUAGGGUCAGUGACUCUAUGGGCGAAGAGUCAGAAAAAGAAACCCCGACGGUACCACUAGAAUCGAACCAGCCCAGACUAUUCGGAGAAGUUGGUGUCUCAGCGAUUGGUAGCUCAGGAGUUAUCCCGGAAGAUCAUCUCAACCUCGAGAACAGUAGCAACCCUAGCGCAGACGAGACUGAAAUCCUCCGCAAGGAUGAAGACGAAGCAUAUCAAUCGGAUGAGUUGGUUACGCCCAGGAACAGGAAUCGUCGAACAUAUCGCCAGAAUAACAUUUCAAUGGCACAGAAUCAGUCUGAGGACCAACUUCAGAGUCUGGUUGAGGACGUGGCGUCGCAGAGCCUCGGCGGGAAUGAGCCAAGCCUGCAAGGCCCUGGACAAUCGCGUUAUUCUCUGCAAUCGGCAGAAUUCAAUACUAGUAAACGAAAACCCCCGUCAUAUGAUACAAGCGAUGAGUUCGACAACACACCCCAAGGAAAACCUACAAUGAAAAGACUUAAGUCGGAAGGUAAUAUUGAAGAUCUAGCAAAUGACGUACUUGAGGAGUACAAACUGCUGGUGCAAGUACCAUCUGCCGAGAAGCAGGCUUCAGGGCGUCAAAUCGACAAGCCUUACAACAAGACGUGUUUCUGGGAGCAAGACAAGACAACCUGGCACUUCGACUAUCCGGAGCUCACACAUUUGCAACACAAAGCUUUCGAGCGGGGUGCGGCAGCAAGGAAUGAAAAAUUUGAGCCCGGAAAAUCGCCGUUAUGGGAUCUUGCGAUGAAGUAUUUCUCUCCCGUCUCCAAAGCCGGGUCACAAAUCAACCAAGCUCGACGAAGCUCGCGGACACCUCAGGACACAGCGGCUGAUGAGCCCCUGGAAUUUCCUCCGACUGCCGCCCCGCUUGAGAACUCUCCGAUUCCCGACACUUUGCCUACGCACACGCAGAUAAUCGUCCCUGUCCAGGAAGAUGAGUCCAAUAGACGUGCCAUUGGCGUGCUUGAGUCUCAUCAUGAUUCGUGUGUCCCUGGGAUUAGCAUUCCCAUCAAAGAUACUUUGGUCUCAUUCGGCCGUGGCCCGGCAAAUACUGUGGUCUUCAGAGACAUACAAGAAUCUCGAGUGCCGAAGUAUGCGUUUAAACUGCUGCUUUGGAAAGAAGAUGGCACCUUUGACCCUUCAAAGGAUCCUGACAAAGUCCCUCCUCCUUGGCUUCGAGAUGCCGGAGAUCCGAACGAGUACGGGUUUUACAUCUCGACCAAAGCAUCCGUUGGUAUCAGCAUCAAUGGUUACCAACUUGCUUCUUCUGAUGCCAAAAACCACAGCGGCCCCUCACACCAUUGGGCUCGAAUUUGGAACGGCGACACAGUGAUGAUAUGGGGCGAUAGAAAGAGCACGCAGACAAAACUCGUAUUUCAGUGUUUCUGGGGUGCCUCGUCACAGGCGCGUGAGGAGAACCAAGGCCUACAACUCGCAUCUCCAUCACUCUCCCAGAGGCUUGACGCUGCGUGUCAGAAGGCGGAGAAGCGGAUCAAGGAGGUCAUCGAGAAGAAGAAGAUUAAGGAUGCAAUCAACGCUGAUCUACGGGAACGUACAGAAAACAUUGAAAGAGAACAAGAACGAAGUCGCGCUUUCGAGAAGAAGCGAAAAGAGGCCAUCGCUUAUCUUGACUCUAGACAAACCCCUUUGUCGCGAAUGGCUUCGCCGGCAAGCGCACCAGGAACGAGUAACUAUCGUGAACCUCUGAUGUUUCGCAUGAGCUCUGACAACAACCUCUCGAUCCAGUGACGAAGCGCAACAUACAUAUACGAUUUGCUAGAGGAGCGUGUGUAUUUACUUAAGUCUUCGGUCCUUGAACUGUUGCCACGGACACGGAGUUAUGAUUUCUUUUCUUUUUCCUUGGCAUUUCUGGCGGGCAUAUGGGCUAAGCACGAGAAUUGGCUGGUACUAUAGGAAACUAUGAGGAUGACGAACGCUACUUACAGCUAGAUUCGUGAUUCUUCUCGGCGAAAGGGGCUUAUCUGGAUGGAGAUAGAUCCUGCUAUCAUGGCAUCUUGGAGGAGUAUAUGUGGGAAAAUGCAGAACAUACUACAUAGAAAAUGAUAUAUCUUGUAAUUGAAGACUUUGCGCAUCUCUCCUA